AUGUCGCAGGUGGACGAUAUCCCGCAGCCCGAGGCAUCCUCCCAGACCUCCGUGGCAUCGUCCAUGGCGGUGCCGACGUCUGAUAGUGCUCGACAAAGGCGCAAAAUUGCUGAAUUGGAGGAGAAACUGCAAGUGUUUGAGUCAGGGCAUGCGGUGAAACAAAGGGAAACAAACUACUUCAUGUCUCAAGGACGAGCUAUCAGGCGCAUCGUUGCUCUAUUUGAUAGCAUCGAAGACAUGAUAGCCGAGAACGAUAGGCGGUGCGAUCUCGAGAGUGAUGACGACAAUAUAACUCUUGUUCAGGAUCAUCUACAAUUUGGUUAUAUAAUCCUCAACAAUACCCUUCCGUGGUUUCACAGAAAGGUUUCUGACAUGGAAUACAAUGACUAUAUGCACAUGUUAAAGAAGCUUAGACACGGGGCCGACAGUGCUCGAGGGGAUGAUACCUCAAAGCUUAAGACCCUUAUCCCAGAUUGGGUCAAUCGUGAGUGGAGGCCCAAUCCCCCCAUCGACCUCGAAGACAAACACUGCCGUGGAUUUGCCCAUGACACGUGCGGUAGAUUGCUCUGUCCAACCGAGCUAGACUGGAAUGAUCCAAUCGUCAGAGCAGGAAUCCGGGACCGCGUGGACGGCUAUGUCGUGACAGAAAUGUCUUGGCCGGUGUUCCUUUACGCAGGAUAUACUGCCGAUCAGAACAAUCUCGAGGAAGGUCUGUUCAAAAGCAAGCUUUUAGUUCAGGCAUUCAAGGCUAUCUUUACAUCCCCCUCCUCAGCAAAGGACGUUUCCGGCGAUGGUGAUGGCGCUAACAUCAUCGAAAAUAACAGAUGUGCGAAGAAGGAUCCCUUGGGCAAGAAAGUCAAAACACACGUGGUGCAAAUCAUCAAGAUGAAUAAAGUGUCAGCCCGCUCGAUCGCGUAUGUAUCAUGUCAAUUGCGAUUCGCACUUUCAUCAGUGACUUCGUGGCGAUCAAUAGAUGAUGAUUUUGAUUACACGCAGUUCUGGUUCAACAUCGUAGACUUUUUUGAACGCCCCCCUGGCCGAGUAGCGCAGCGCAACGUUGACCGGUUGCUUACAUGGUGGACAAGGAAAGUCUUUGGUACCAGUCAUCGUACAGAACUUAGUGAUGCGGCGAAAGGCAAGAUGUCCGUCAAUGCUCUCGCGAUGCAGAGGGCGCGACUGGAUGAUGCACUGUUCAAUUCCGAGUAG